UCUGAUAGUCUCUCCCUAGUCUUCCCGCUAAAAGUAGAUUCGCAAUUUGCAGAAACGUCUCCGGUGUCGCAAUGUACUGUGGAAAGGAAGGUGCGAGCAAGCAUUUCCACUCGAUCGAAGUGAGCGUCAUCGCCAAUCUAUGGCCCACUUACUUUCCAGAAUCCUCCAUGGAUGAUGACAAGCUCCAACUCGCUUUACAUCUUGCCCAUUUCUUCUCCAAACCACCUGGAACAAGUCUACUUUCACAGGUUAAGGACGAUGACGGUUUCUUCUUCUUGCCAAUUGACCUCCAACAACUUCGGAAAAUAUGUGAAGUUGAGAAGUUCUUCGCGGAGCUUGAGAAAGAUCCUAAGAAUGCCAUAUCAUGUAUGGCUAUCGCAGUUCACAAGGCUUUGUUGCCCAAGUUGGACAAUUGCAUCAAGAUAAAUAUUCGGCUGCAUAAUUACCCUGAGUCAAUGAUUGCUUUGAAGAACCUAAAAGCUGCUUAUAUUGGCAAGCUUGUAUCGGUGCGUGGUACAAUUGUCAAAGUUAGCACUGUCAGGCCUUUAGUGGUAGAGAUGGAUUUUACAUGUGCCAAGUGUGGCACUGAAAUCACGAGGAUCUUUCCUGAUGGAAAAUUCUCACCACCAUCAGUUUGUGCUUUCCAUGGAUGUAAGAGCAAAAAUUUUAACCCAAUAAGGUCUACAGCCAGGACUAUAGAUUUCCAGAAAAUAAGACUUCAGGAGCUGCUAAAAUCUGAGAAUCAUGAGGAAGGCCGAGUGCCACGAACUGUAGAGUGUGAGCUGACUGAGGAUCUAGUUGAUGCAUGCAUACCUGGAGAUGUGGUGACUGUUACUGGAAUUAUAAAAGUAAUUAACAAUUACAUGGAUAUUGGAGGGGGGAAAUCAAAAAGCAAGAAUCAAGGUUUAUACUAUUUAUAUCUAGAGGCAGUUUCAAUUAGGAACUCGAAGUCCCAGCCUAUACCUGAGGAUAUGCAAGAUGGUAGUGCUGAUGUUAGAGCUACGGAGCUGUUGGAUUUGUAUUCAUUUUCUCAAAGGGAUCUGGAAUUUAUUGUUAAGUUCUCAGAGGAGUAUGAUUCAGAUAUCUUCCGUCAAAUACUUCAGUCUAUUUGUCCUUCUAUCUAUGGCCAUGAGCUUGUCAAAGCCGGCAUAACACUAUCAUUGUUUGGAGGUGUGAGAAAGCAUUCAGCAGAUCAGAACAAGGUCCCUGUUAGAGGAGACAUUCAUGUCCUUGUUGUUGGUGAUCCUGGGUUGGGUAAGAGCCAACUGCUGCAAGCAGCAGCUGCUGUUUCUCCACGAGGCAUAUAUGUAUGUGGUAAUGCAACAACAAAUGCAGGUCUCACAGUCGCCGUUGUGAAGGAUUCUAUGACAAGUGACUAUGCUUUUGAGGCUGGUGCCAUGGUUCUUGCAGACCGUGGAUUAUGCUGUAUUGAUGAGUUUGAUAAAAUGUCUGCAGAACAUCAGUCUCUAUUAGAAGCCAUGGAGCAACAAUGUGUCUCUGUUGCAAAGGCUGGACUAGUAGCAAGUUUAUCAGCACGUACUUCUGUGCUAGCAGCAGCGAAUCCUGUUGGUGGCCAUUAUAACCGUGCAAAAACUGUCAACGAGAAUUUGAAAAUGAGUGCUGCUCUCCUCUCGCGAUUUGAUUUGGUCUUCAUUUUACUUGAUAAGCCUAAUGAACUGCUUGAUAAGCAAGUCUCUGAGCACAUCAUGUCACUUCAUGCAGGAUAUGGGGAGAAUUCUGGAGCCAAAAGACAACGAAGAGAUGCGGCACUGCACGAUGAUAAAGAGACAGAUUUGAGUGUAAAAGGUAGUUCUUUAGCUUCAAUGUUGAGACUUGACCCAAAGAAAGACAGAGAUUUUGUCCCUUUGCCUGGUCCACUUCUUCGCAAAUAUAUUGCUUAUGCAAGAACUUUUGUCUUCCCCAGGAUGUCAAGAGCUGCAGCAGAAAUUCUACAGAAGUUUUACUUACGAUUGAGAGACCGAAAUACUUCAGCUGAUGGUACUCCAAUAACAGCUAGGCAACUGGAAAGUCUAGUGAGACUGGCAGAAGCUCGUGCAAGGUUGGAUCUAAGGGAAGAAAUAACAGCUCAAGAUGCUUUGGAUGUGGUUGAAAUAAUGAAAGAAUCUUUGUAUGAUAAAUACGUAGAUGAGCAUGGUUUUGUGGACUUUGGUCGGAGUGGUGGGAUGAGUCAAUCGAAAGAGGCCAAAAGAUUUCUUAGUGCCCUCCAUAAACAAUCAGAGUUGCAGCAGAAAGAUUUGUUUACCGUAUCUGAAAUGUACAGUUUGGCAGAUAGGAUUGGCCUUAAAGUUCCAGAUAUUGAUACAUUUUUGGAUAACUUGAACAGUGUUGGUUAUCUACUUAAGAAGGGACCUAAGAAAUAUCAGGUGUUGUCAUCAUCUUAUUCUCGGAGUCAACAAUCAUGGUCUAGGGGCUAAAGUUGUUCAGCAUGAAAACAAGGUUGAAUUAUAUUUCUUUAUUCUUUUGUAAAUAUUUUAUGGUUUACAGUACUUUGUAUGUGUUUCCCAUCACUUUUCUGAUGCUAAAAUAAUCUGUCAUUCUUUUGACAGUUUGAUGAUUUUGCGCAUAUGGACA